CAAAUGACCAGUUAACUUACAAAAACUGAGGUACUUAAUUUUAUAUAGCAUCCCCACUACAAUAAAAGUAGCUCUGCUUUAACUAAUUCUACUUUAUAUAGCGAUUGAAAAAGUUGAAUACAGCUAUAAAAUUCAAUUAGGCAAUACCUUCCAGCCCAUUUACCCUCUGCACUUUCAACACCUUCAACGCCUUCAACACGGCUGUACAUGGGUUUAUUUUGUCGAAUCCAGCAUUAUUGAAAAUACCCGCAGUCAAUUAUGGCAGCCUGUCGUAUAUACCGUAGGUAGUGCGACUAGAAUAGAAAGCUAAGAUCGUUCAUCCAAAUUAUUUGCCAACAUGCAAAUCAAUCUUAAAUAGCAGCCUAGGAAGGAUUAUAUAAAAGUGGGAAGUAAGGGUCUGCUUCUCAGGCAGCAGGAUUUUGUACAUCUUUAUAUUCAUAGUGUUUUCUAACAUACCGUUCUAAUCUCGAAAACCAGCAACCGUGAAGUCGACUAUCGUAUUCAUAGUUUCCUACAGCUAUCAACCUCUCCCUAGCAACUCCAGCCUUGUCUCUACUCCACUAUGAAAUUCACUACUAUAUUGCACGGCCUCUUCGCCGCUACCGGGGUCCUUUCCCAGGGUACCGAUAUCGAUGGAAACCCAUUCCCCGAUCUGAAGACCGACGGCCCGUACGCACUGCACGUCAAGGGCCAAGGCAAGAGCUCGAUUAACGGGUACCUCUACGCCGUCCAUGAAUUUGCGACGGACCAUGAUCCGGACGCUGGAAUCUCUGUGCUGCACUAUCGCCCAGGUCCUGCGCCUGCUGCCUUUAACUCGUCGUACCGCUUCUACUUCAACAGCACAGUAGACGAUGACUCGGGGCUGGGCUUUGUGGUCACGGAUAUCAAUGCCAGCAACUCGAGCAACCCAGACAAUCUUUAUAAAGGAAAGCCUAUGUUCUGGACGCACUUCCCUGGUACGAAUAUUGCGUGGUUAGAGCUCGGUUCCGGCGCCAACCCAUACACCACGCACCAGCUAGGUUUUGGUAAGGACGGAAGGGCCUAUGUAUACUUCCAGGGUCAUAAUGAUGCGGAAGAGGUUGUAGGGAAACGAUCAGAUGAAACCUCGAUUAAAAUACAGAAUGGUUGGGUCAUUUGCUGGCAGACGACGUACACUAUCGCCGGAUAUACGCUGUCCUGGAUUACCUUUGGCGACCAGCCACACAACCCAACUUGCCAGCGUGUCGACUUGACUAGAGUGAAGCUCUAAAGGGUCUAUUGAAUUUCGGGGUUGAACGAACCAAUGCUCUCUGCUUAGUAGUAGCAGAGGUACGCAGCCAAUUUCUCUUCGUCAAAAGGUUCUUAAACUGGCCCGCUAUACGAAAAGUCGAUGUUCGCUCCCAUUUUACUAAGCGGAUAUCUAUUUUUCGUCUG